GAGGCUUAAUUAUGCCCCUGGCUACGAGAUGAAGAGUAUAAAAAGGUAAUCCACCUGUUUUCCUCCAAGCGCAUCAUAUCUUUCCUGCUUUUUCAAGAACCAGACUAUCCUCCAAGCCUCCAAAGAUGUCUGAGGGUGGAAGAAACCAAUGCUACGCCAGCUGCCCGGCCUCCACGGUGACCAUCCAGCCACCUCCAUUCGUCCUGAACAUCCCCGGCCCUGCCCUCUACUGCCCCGACCAACCUUUCCGCAUUGAGCAGCAGAACCCUUGUGCCGGAAGUGGUUAUGGUGGUGGCAACCCUGCCUUGUAUGCUAGCGGUGGCACCAACUUCUCCAACUUCUACUCCCGGGCUCUGCCAAGCAGCAACUACUGCUACAGCACUUACCGAUACUAAACCCAAAGAGAUCUGAGAAGAAGAAGGGGAAGGAUAAUGCAGGCACCAAAGAGAAGAUCUGAAUCCAUCACUUGAACUGUCCUUACAAAUGUAGAAGACCUGAAAUCAUACUUGAUAUGAGUUGUAGCCCUGCUAAUAUUGUUGUUUAGGCCCUCCGUGCAUGUUUUCCCUUAUGUUUGUCACGCAUGAUGUCUAUUUUCUGAAUUUCAGUGUAAUGUUGGUUCUAGCUAUUACACAGGGAUGGGGCUGGUUAGUUUGAAAAUCCUUAUAGGUUGCUUGCGUUUCACACAAAAGUAAAAGCUUAUGAUAGAUGAAUAUAUUCAACCCAAUCUAAGAGUUUGAGAUGGUGUUUGUGUUGGAUCUCUUUCAUCUAUAACAGUAGU